AUGCCCAAGCUCGCCGCCACCCUCCUCACCGCCGCCACCGCCGCUGCCGGCGCCACGGCCGAGUCGAGCAGCACGCUCACGAGAAGCUGGAUGAACCUAGGCUUCGACAACACGCCCGUCGCCUCCGUCAUCGCCGCCGACGCCACCGCCGCGACCUACCUGAUCGCCUGCUCGCCCUCCACCACCACCACCACCACCACCGCCUCGACCAACGACGACGACGACGACGACGUCGACGUCGACUCCUCCGACUGCGGCAUCCCCGGCAACGCCAUGACGCUCAUCGCAGGCCCGUCCACCAUGCGCUACCAGUACAGCGCCUCAUCAGGCGCGACUGCCGCCGACGUCACCAUGGACGAGUACUGCGACAUCACCGCCAGCACCGAGCGCGCCGUCUGCACGGCCGUCAUCGGCGGCAAGGACGCGGAUUUCCCCGGCACGCAGACGGCCACGUUCACGGGGACCGACAUCUCGUGGAGCCCGCUGUACGUGACGGCCGGCCAGGAGAAGCUGGCGGCGGCGGCGGCGGCGGCGACCAAGGCGGGCGCGAGCGCGAGCGCGACGGCUGAGGCGACGGGGAGCAGCAGCGGUGCGGCGGCGGCGACAAGCGAGGGUUCCUCUUCCGCAACGGGUAGCAGCAGCGGGACCGGCUCGGCUGCGACGGCGUCGUCGACAGGCGGCGCUGUUGGGCGGGUUGCCGUGCCGAUUGUUGGUGCUAUGGGUGUCUUUGCCGCUGCUCUGGUGCUGUAA